UUUUAACAUUUUUUUUAGUCAUUCCAACUUGAUCAUCUUUAACAAAAUUUGAAAAAAAAUUGCAGUGCUCAUCUUUGAAAUUCAUCUUAUUAAUUACUAAAUAAUCACUGAAUUUAAAAACAAACAAAAUGGGAAACGUUUUUGCAAAUCUAUUCAAAGGCCUUUUUGGUAAAAAAGAAAUGCGAAUUUUGAUGGUCGGUUUAGAUGCGGCCGGUAAAACAACAAUUUUGUAUAAGCUUAAACUUGGUGAAAUAGUCACUACAAUUCCAACUAUUGGAUUCAAUGUUGAAACAGUUGAAUAUAAAAACAUUAGUUUUACUGUUUGGGAUGUUGGUGGACAGGAUAAAAUUCGUCCAUUAUGGAGGCAUUAUUUUCAAAAUACACAGGGCCUUAUUUUUGUGGUCGAUAGUAAUGAUCGUGAACGUGUUGGUGAAGCACGUGAAGAAUUGAUGCGUAUGUUGGCUGAAGAUGAAUUACGUGAUGCUGUACUAUUGAUCUUUGCAAACAAACAAGAUUUGCCAAAUGCAAUGAGUGCGGCCGAAAUUACCGAUAAACUUGGUCUUCAUUCAUUGCGUAAUAGAAAUUGGUAUAUUCAGGCAACAUGUGCUACGACCGGUGAUGGUCUUUAUGAAGGAUUAGAUUGGCUUUCUAAUCAGCUUAAAUAUCAAAAAUGAAGCAUUUUUUUUCAUCAACAAUCAUGAUCAACGGAUAACAACAAAAAAAA